UUUUUAAUCCGAAAUAUUGAUUUUGUAAAUUUAAAGCCAUAUUUCAACAAAGAUGAGCCAUAUCUUUUAGAAGAAACUUUAAUAUCGAAAAAUCCGUUCGAGCUGUUUGAUGCGUGGUUUAAAAACGCUGCAGCAGGAGAGAAUUUAACGUUUGAAGAAGUUAAUGCUCGUUUUUUACUUUCUAAUUCCUCACUUUGUUUUAUGGGAUUCUGCUUUUAUACACAUUAUAACAGUGCAAAAGGAAUGGAAAUCGAUGCUAACCCCUGUGCUUGUAUGCUCUUUUACUGGCCUCAUGUCAAUAGACAAAUUCGUAUUGAAGGAAAAAUACAAAAACUACCAAUUGAGGCAGCGGAUGUAUACUGGUAUCGACGGCCAUUGAAAAGUCGUAUCGGCUCAAAACUAAGUGAACAAAGCAAAGUUAUUCCAGGAAGACAGUAUCUGGAGGAAAGAAAGAAGGAACUUGAGAGGUUAGCUACUGAAAAAGGAGAAGCAUCGAUUACUAGACCGGAAGAUUGGGGUGGCUAUCGAUUAUGUCCAAAUUACUUCGAAUUUUGGCAAGGUCAGUCAGACCGAAUACAUGAUCGGAUUGUUUUUGAUAAGAAUAAUAGCGAAGAUAGUUGGUUGAUAAAGCGUCUUUCUCCAUGA